UGAACUGCAAGACGCUUCGGAAGUGUUUUUUUUCGACUCUCGUUCGGCAUCACCGUCAGACAGAGCAAGCUCGUUUUCGCGUUUUUUCCUUUAUUUUUCUCUACCCGCGACGUUCGUGUGAGCGAGCUAUACACCAACACAUGUUUGGUUCUAGCCAUUUUGACGGGCACUUGGCGUGAUUUUGUUUGGGUGUGUAUGUGACAAGUGCUAGCCAGUCAGUACCUGAUUGUGUCAGCUCGUUGAUUCUCGUCUACUACAUCAGAGAUCGCCAAAUAAAAUAGCAUUGAAGGAAAAUUGAUUCGCGAAGCAAGACGGCAGGAAUUAAAAGGCCUCGAACGAUUUUGACCUUUUGCGCGUUACUACGGGAUUAUCUUACAAGUUGGUUUAAAGUGCAUCCAGAAUAUGUGGAAAACAUCUGUGGCAUCGAGUUUGACUUGUUUGAAUCGCCAUCUUGUGUUAGUGUGUUGAAUUUCGAUUAGAAAACUAGUUAAUUUCAUACUGGCUUUGAUCAGUCCGAGUUCAAGUGAGAGGAAUUCGUGUGGUAAUUGAAAAGAUAGUUAAACAGCAGCAGACCGUGAAUCUUGCGCCAAACAGCCAAGCGAACAAAAAGCGAUCCAAUCCUUUCAAAAGAUGCAUCCAUCAAGGGGAGGAGCGUCGUCAGCCGGAGGUUUUACGUACCUUUCCCUUCCAGAGGGACAAAAGCAGCAGGACGAUAAAUUUGCCACCGACAGCGGAGCGGUAGAUUCCGGCUUUCAUUCCGGCCAGAAUCUUAGUUCGGACAAUCUGUUCAGCUCAUCGUCCGAGGUGCAGGAAGCUCCGGUGGAACCGAUUUUCCACUCCGGAAACCAGAAGGCACUGGCACAGCAACAACAGCAUCAAGAAGAGGAUUCACGUACCUUCGAUUCGGGGGUGGAUCUUGAUUCGAGCCAACAGUCUCGCACGGCGCCCAACGAUUCGAUGAGGGUGGACGACCUGUGCAAGAGUCUGCUCCAGCUGCAGAUGAGCCGCAAGGAGCAGCACUAUAUGAAAUGGGAAAAGUACUUCCAUCAGAACGAAGACGGCGAUACAUACCUUCAUCUGGCCGUGAUCCACGAGGCCACCGAAGUCGUUUUCAAUUUGAUUCACGUUGCACCGCGGCCCUGGCUGGAUAUCCAGAACGAUAUUGGCCAAACGCCGCUGCACCUUUCGGUGCUAACCGGUCAGCCAAAAAUCGUUCGUCGGUUGGUCGUGGCCGGAGCCAAGACCAGUAUCCGUGACAUCGAAGGAAACACUCCACUGCAUCUGGCCUGCCUGCAUCGGAGGACCGAUUGCGCAAAGGAACUCCUAACUCCCCUGAACGCCGUGGAAUUCCAGCAAAGCAGUCCCGCUGCUCAAGCAGCGAUCAAAAUUCCACAAGAUCUCGAACAGUGGAACUAUAAUGGAAAACGAUGUGUUCACAUUGCCGCUGAGACGUCCAACGUUGAGAUUCUUCGGUAUUUGGUUAGCGUUGGAGCCGACAUUAACUCACGGGAAGGCAAAUCGGGCCUAACGCCGUUGCACAUUGCCAUCGAGUCCAGCAACGAGCAGCUGGCCAACUUCUUGCUCGACGAGUGCCCCAAACUGCGGCUCGAGCAGGUAACGUAUGCCGGCCUUACCGCCUACCAACUGGCCGCCAUCCAGCACAACCAGUCCCUGCUGGUCGGACUGAAAAACCACGGCGCGGAACUGCUAACGCCCCCGGAGAGUGACUACGAGGAAGAGGACAGCGAAGAAGACGAACAGUAAUCGCUUCUCCAGCUGCUACUAAGUAAUCCUUAUCUCUCUGUGUAUGUGUCUGGCCUUCCUCUAUCUCAUCAGUGUGGUGUUGGUGAUGGUAGGGCAUGUGUGUCCUUUUUGUACGAAUCGCAUGAGUGUCGUCUGGCUGGCCGCGUAGGGCGUGAGUGCAUCCGUUGUUGACUAGUUUCUAAGGGCAAAAGACUUCUGAUUAAAAUAGAUCAAAAAUCAUAGCAAUUAGGAAAAAUGUUCAAAACAAAAAUAGUCUCACUAAUUAAGGUUAUAUUUAUGUUUGUAAGUACUAAAAUCAACCUUUAUUGCUAAUAAGACUCAACACAAUUGGUUAAAAACUGUUGUAACUCUGUGUAAUUGUACAUAUUAAAAUAUAAACUAACGCCUUAUUAUCACGAAAAAAAAAACAGUCGUUUUGUUUUCUUAAACGAUUCAUUUUAGACUAUUCCGUACCGGUGUUCAGAUCGUAACUGUCGAAAGCAUUCGAUCCAGUACAACUAAAUAAUAUCUCAUUAUAUGUUCCACGCAGAUAUCAUCGUAUUACGGAUCCAAUGCAUUUGGUACCAAUUUCGCAGGACUUUCCACGAUCAAUGUAGCGUAAAUCGUGCUUUUAGUCACACGAGACAAAACAAACAAUGAAACAAAGCAGCACCUUUACAAAAGCAAAGAUUAUUGGUUGAUCGGUAGCAGUCGAUCGGGAUUUUAGCACAAAGCAAAAGGACCAGACAGGCGAUUUUGUGACCCCCUCCCCUCUAUGUGUUAAAUGUAGUUGUGCCUUAUUUGCUAACUUUCUUCACCGACAUCCCAGAACAAGAGCCAUGUGUGCAUUAACUGCCUGAUAAGAAAGACAGGCACCGAUAGAGCCGCUUUUUCUGGGACAGACUUUUCUCUCCUAUCUGGAAAAAUAACUUUGUGAGUAGCUAGAAAAAAAAAACAAUGUAUUUCUGUAGAUUUUUGUCAUGUGAAAUUGUCUUCUACACCGGACCAAUUUAAUCCAUUAACAGUAAAAUUUGUAGCAAAAUGAGAAAAUAUACGUUUAGCAAGUAAAGCGUUUAGUUGUAUGUUACACAUAUUUGAAAUCUUUUUUGUUUCCUAUGUUAUAAUGUCUUCGUAUUUAUAAACAAAUCUAACGGUGUCCGAAAUGGGACACUUACACACCUUAGCAUCCCCAUACAUCGUAUGGUUGAUCUCAUCGAUCGCAAAUAGGAUGUUAUCAGAAGUGAACUGUAAUAAAAUAGCAUAUUCUACUGGAA